CACUAAGACGUCAUUCUGACGUCAUAAUAUAGGUGAACCAGACGUCUGCAAUGACGUUUCUCUUACGUCCGUUGUACGUCUUAUGCUACCUGGGGUGUGUUGGCCUGUGUAAUUUUUCUGACAGUAAAAUAGAAAUAUCUGGUAAUGAUGAACCAAAUAUUGUCUUCUCUCCAAUGAAUUAAAAAGAUGGAAAAAAAUGGAUCACUUCAACACCAAAUGAUCCCGAAUCAUGUCCUUCAUCAGCACUUGAGAAAUGUUGCGAAGAUUUUUACCCAAAUUUGUACAUAUUACUUCAAAUAUUUUGAGUACUUCCUGUAACAACAGCUGAAGAAGCAGAGCGCAGUUUUUCUUCCAAGGAGACUUAAGACCUGGCUCAGAAGCACUAUGGCAGAAAACUGCUCGAAUGGAUCAGCUCUAAUGCACAUAAAUUACGAGAGAGUCAUUGAUAAAAAAAUGGUUGUGACCAGAUUUGCUAAUGCUCAAGGCGCUUGGAGCUUAAUAACUAAAAACUAGUAAACUGAUCGCCCGCUUCGAAUCGAUGACGUCUCGGAUGGCGUCAUAGUUUUCGAUCACGACGACCCAUCUCUGCUCGUUGGUCGUAGUGGUCAUUUGUGAACGCGUGGCGCUAAAUUUAAAAUGGAUUCCAUACAAGUGUUCGAUGAAGAGCGAAAUGUAAUGUUCGAGAUUUAUGUGCCGGAGGAAUUAAAAAAACGGGCAGAAAGCGAAUUAGCGUUUGCGUCCCAAUCAGUGGCCGAAGCUUUGAAGGAGAGAUCGGAUGCAGCAGAGACAACAAUAGUGCCGGCGAACCCAACAGCAGGGUCAGCAACAGUGCCAGCGAACCCUGCAGCGGGUUCAGCAGAGAGAACAACUGUGCCGGCGAACCAAUCUGCUGUUCCUGCUGAUAUCGAGGAAAACGUGGAUGAUGUCUCUAUGUGUAGGUGGAAUACCCCGUGCACUCUUCUCCUGCUGGAAACUCACAAUAUAUUUGAGGACAAAUUUGUUAAUGGGAAAACUUCUCACAAAAGAGUAUGGGAGGAACUCGCCAUUAAAAUAAGAGAGAAGGGGUUUUUGGUGACAGGGCCUCAGUGCUCUUCGAAAUUGAGGAGCUUAAAAAAACGUAUAGGUCCAUCAAUGGAAUCAAUGGAAUGAUAGGAGACAAUGGCAGUUUCUAGAUGUAAGUAACCCUUUAUUGAUAUCGAUCCCGGAAUUGAAUAAGCAUACAAAUUUGAAUGAAUUAUGCAUUUUUCCAUAUAACAGAUGAAAUUUUUCAAAAGAAGGCUUGGGCUCAUCCAGUUUCGACUGCAUCCUCCUCCGGAAUUGUGGUUAGCCGAGAAACUGCUAUUGGGAAUUACACAUGCGCACAAAGUGAGUUGAAUAAUAUGAAAAGUGAAUCGAUAACAAAAUAUCACUUGUAUUGGUUUCAGGGUCUACAAAGCCUAACAUAAAUUCGCUGAUGGAGGGACGAAUGAAACAAAAGGAGGCUAAUGAAGCCAACAGAAAUAGGCGUCACAAGGAGAGGAUGCAGAUAAUAAAAAAAUUGAUGAGUGUUUUGGAAGAAAUAUCGAAAAAACUUGGUUGAAAAUAAAUGCUUUGAACAUA